UGUGUGAGAGAGUCUGUAAUGUGAGUGAGUGAGUGAGUGUCUGUCUGGAGGCGGUGGGAUGUCACACAGAAUGGUGGACCUUCCCGAGUCAGUGCUUCAAGCAGAGUGCUGAGGAACAGGAGCAAGGAGAGAGCGUCUCCUCGUCACACACACACAGAGAGAGAGAGAGAUCUCUUUAAAAAAAACAUGCAAUCCAAUCGUCCCAGGAGCAUGCUGCACAUAGUGGAAAGAAAAUAUCUAAUAUAGGAAGAAAACUGCAUCACAGCCACCCCAGUACAAACAGAGAGAGAGAGAGGUUCCUGCUGCAGUCGCGCCUGGCCAUCGGGAAGGAGUCGGGCUCUGAGCCACUGUGACAUUGGGUUCGGAAAGGGGCUGAUGGUCCAGGGGCCGUGCGGCCGACACAGGCACAGACAGAGACACAGAGAGAGAGAGAGCAGCCCCCACCACCGCCGCCCGCCGCAGGUUUUAAGCCAUGAUGGUGGAAUCUGCAUCAGAGGCAAUACGAAGCACUUCAGCCAAUCAAAAUGGAAUUAGCAGUUUAAGCAGCCAAUCAGAUGGUGGAGGGCGAGAAGGUGGCUCAAAUGGGGAUGCAAAUGGAGAAGUCAGUCCUGUGGAUCUGUUACACCUUCAACAACAGCAGGUGCAGGCUCUUCAAGCAGCAAGGCAGCUCCUACUGCAUCAAGCAACAGGCCUCAACUCUCCUACGGCCAAUGACAAGCAACAGCAGACAGUCCAGGUACCUGUAUCCGUGGCCAUGAUGAGCCCCCAGGUGAUUACUCCACAACAGAUGCAGCAGAUUCUGUCUCCUCCCCAACUGCAGGCAUUACUGCAGCAGCAGCAGGCUGUCAUGUUACAGCAGCUUCAAGAGUAUUACAAGAAACAACAGGAACAAUUACACCUUCAGCUGCUAACUCAACAACAACAACAACAACAACAACAACAACAAGCCAUCAAACAGUCGAAAGAGUUUGAAAACUGA